AUUCCAGAUCCAUCCUCCCACCCACCGGUCCUCCACUUCUCUCUCGCCCGGCGUUCGGUGAGACCCGAGAGAGUCUGCUCGCUCGAUCGCCGUGCGGCGGCGAAACAUGGGAGCCCUUCGUCGCGCCGCUCCCGUUCCCAGCGCCCGGCCGUCCUCCAAGCGUCCGCUGGGCGCCGCGCCCGCGGGUUGCGGCGCGGUGGCGCGGGAGACGUCGGCCCGCCGUGCCGUCGCCGACCAGAAGCCCUCCGCGCCCGGCGCGAAGCACACCAAGGUCGUCCGCAACGGCAUCGUCGCUGAGAUGGAGGUCACAGCUGUUGCCGGCGGCGCGAUGCCACCCAACGGCCGCCGGUUCGCGAAGCGGCCGCAGGUCGUCGAACCUGCUGCUACUACCUGCUGCACGAUGGCGCGGGAGAAGAAGUCGGCUCGCCGCGCCGGCGCUGGCGAGGAGUUCUCGGCGCCAAGUCCGAAGCGUGCCAAGGUGACCCGCAACGCCGUCAAGACGUCCGUCGACCCUGCACUGGGAACCCUCCGGAAGAGGAUGGCCGCGGAGCUCGACGCCCUCCACGCGCUCCUGAGGAAGGCGGAGCUAUUGUCCAGCGGCAAGAACGGCCGGUACAUGGCCAACGCGGAACCACGAUCUGAAGCGCCGGUGGAGGCUUCCAUCAAGACGCCGCCGGCGAAGCGGACAAAGGUGUAUGAUCUUGCCAAGGUUGCUAAGAUCGCGAGCCCUGAGGACGACAACGAGCUCAUCGACAUCUGCGGCGGCGUCUCACCCGUCGCCAUCCUAAAAGCCUCCCCGAUCGUUCCCCUUGAGAAGGAGGUCGAAACUGGCAACAGUGAGAUCAUGGAUCCCCCGGAGGACGACAGCGAGAUCAUCGACAUCUGCGGCGGCGUCUCCCCCGUCGCGAUCCUGAAAUCCUCCCCUGUUGUUUCCGUUGAGAAGGCCGGCGAAACCGGCAACAGUGAGAGCAAGGACAUCCCGGAGGACGACAACGAGUUCGUCGACAUCUGCGGCGGCGUCUCCCCUGUUGCUCCCGUCGAGAAGGCUUGCGAAUCCGGCAACAGCACGAGCUCAAGCAGCGACUCCGGAAGCUCAUCUUCGAGUGAUUCAGAUUCAGAUAGCGACUCUGAGAGCGAUCGCGACGAGACUGUCGACCUCCCAGUUCCACAGGCGGUCCUUCCCGAGGAGGACGGAACAUCUGCGCAGCCAGCGCCGGAACCGGCAUCGGAGGCGGCGCAGAGUACGGAACCAGAGAAGCUCCCAAUGGCCACUCUGAUCGCCAAGGCGAACGCCCGCCGGAAGCUGCUGGAGAUGGAGAGGGCGCGGUGCCCGACGAGAGCAUCCACCCACGAGACCUGAAGGAUCUUUGCAUCGCGGAGUAUGGUCGUCCCGGCAUCAUGCGACAGCUCGGGCUCUUCCUCAAGGCCGACGCGUAGAGUGCUGCAGAUGGAGCAGGAGUAGGAUAGUUGUAGUUGUAGCCAUGCAGUGAUGGCUCCUCGGCUACGCAUGUGUAACUGACAUGUCUGAAUUCUGAUGUGGUAUACUGCGUUGUUCUGUCAAGCAUGUAACCUGAAUCAAAUGUCACCUGAGAGCAAAUGUCUGGUCUGAUUUAUGUUGUGCCAUGUAGCUUAGAUCAGUUGUCACCUGACAGCAAAUGUGCUUCAGGACUGAGCAUGCCAAGUUAUUUGUUUCAGCGCUGAACAUGUCAGGUUCAGUUUUCUCUGGGCAAGUUUUGAUGCUCUGUAUCAUCAAGUCAUAGGCGGCAUCUUUCGUUAUGUAUCGUCAGUUCAUCACAGCGUCUCCGAAUGUGUAAUGGCAUGUCUGAUGUCACCAGACAGCAAAUGUGUUUUCGGUAUUCGAUUAUGGUUAUAGGCCCGUGAACUUUACUAGUUUGUUUUUCUUUCAGUCCAAGACUUUUGGGCACGCUUUGAUGGUUGUUCGGUGCUCUCAUUGUCUAAACUUUUAGUUGUUCUUUCUUCAUCCA